AGCAAUAAAACAAGCCAUGCAGUUUACUCUAAAGCCCAAACAUCGAGUUCUAAGCCAUUCGUCCAGUGGACAGAGAGUGCUCCGGGUCUUCGGGCCAUCCGCGAACCUCAGUUAACGUUCUUACCUCCAAGAGGGAACUACUGCGAGGCACUCGGUCACUUACUUCCAAAGUGCCCUCAAUCAAGGAAUUUCCUAGCCAGACACACGUAUCUACGAUUGCAUCGCGCACUUAUCAUCUAACUCGCUUCCGAGUUGAUUAAAGUGAUUAAAGGCCCCUGCGUUUUCUCAACAACAAGUGUAUCAAAGAUGGAGCUGGUCAUUCGACUAUUUGUCUUUCUGUCGAAAAUAAUCUACAACAUCUUGCGUCCAUUUUUUUGGUACACGAAUCGUCAUCCAGGGCCUAAAAUAUCGGUGGCAAAAGAUCCGAUCCUGAACCUAAGCGCUGUGGCAAUAGCCGAGAAAAUACGACAGCGGGAGCUCUCAAGCGAGGCUGUGAUAUCGGCAUACAUAGCGCGGAUCAAGGAGGUAAAUCCCUUGCUCAACGCGGUGAUCGAGGAUCGUUUCGAAUCGGCAAUUCGCGAGGCAAAAUUAUGCGACGAAAAAUUGGCUACCGGAGAAGUGACAGCCAAGCAGUUGAAGAUUGAGCAGCCUCUCUACGGCGUCCCGGUGACGGUGAAAGAAACCUUCGCUGUGAAAGGUCUCAGUCAUACCGGGUGCAGCCUCGCCAGAGUCGGUGUCAAGGCCAACUAUGACAGCGAGUCCGUUAUAAGGUUGAAAAUCGCCGGUGCGAUUCCCCUCUGCGUGACAAGCACCCCGGAACUGUGCCUCGGAUUUGAGACCCAGAACAACGUUCUUGGUACCACGAACAACCCUUUCGACGUUCGGCGCACGGCUGGCGGAUCAUCGGGCGGUGAGGCGGCGCUUCUGAGCUCUGCAGCCUCGGUAAUUGGGCUUGGAUCCGACUUGGCAGGGUCGAUUCGAAUACCAGCUCACCUGAACGGAGUCUUCGGGCACAAGCCAACGCCUGGAGCCAUUGCGAUCGAGGGGCACUUUCCGUACGUCAGCGACGCCGACUUCCGCCGCUUUUUGGUCGCCGGGCCAAUGACGAGGUACGCCGAGGACCUGGCAUUGGCUUUCAGAGUCCUGGCUGACAGGAAUUACAUCGCAGCUCUUCGCCUCGAUGCUCCGGUAGACGUCAAGUCCGUUAAGGUUCGGUACAUGGAGGAGGUCGAAGCCUCGUUCGGCCUGGAGUCCGUCCAUGAGGACAUCAAACGGACCAUCAGACAGGCUGCUGAGCACCUCGGAGUAGCAGGUGCGGACGUCCAAAAGGUUAACAUCGGGCAAUUGAAAGACUCUCUUGAACUCAGCUUGGCGCUGUUAUUCGGGAUGCAAGAAAUGCCGCAGUUCCUGUUGAAUCCAGACGACCCGAAGCACGAGAGCAACCCCCUGGCAGAGGCUGGAAAAGCGGUUUUCGGACUAUCGAGAUACACGAAAACGGCGAUAUGUUUCAAGCUUUUAAAAGACACGAAGGGGUUCAUCCCGCAUUCAAGACAUCUGUUGCUCAGGAUGGAGGCGAAAAAACUUCAGCGGACAUUCUCGGAUCUUCUCGGUGACGACGGAGUCUUCCUCUUCCCAACUUUCGUGAGGUCUGCACCAUUUCACGGUCAACUUACUCUGCAGCUGGCUGGCACGCUAUACUGCAUGGUUUGCAACGUCCUUGGACUUCCAUCGACACACGUGCCAAUGGGUUUGGACAGGGAAGGUCUGCCGGUUGGGCUACAGGUGAUAGCAGCACCAAUGCAGGACAGAUUAUGUCUCGCCGUAGCACAGGAGUUGGAGAAAGGCUUUGGCGGAUGGAUACCACCGCCUGUAGCCACAGCCUAGUGGUACUUACAAUUAAUGGAACACGACGAACAUACUUGACACGCGAUAUACGCGGAGUGUAAUUAUCGGAACGUGUUCACUUCCGCAUCCCACUUCGGCGGAAUUUUCUAGCCAUCUCGGUCGGCACACUGGUACAAACGUAAUUUGCAUGAAAAGUGUGAUUUCUACCGAAUUAGGCUGAUUCCAAAAUGGUGUUAAGUUUCUACCAUCUUCAAUUCGGAACCGCAAUUUCAAGCUUGACCGUCCUGACAAUUAUUCUUAGUAAAUAUGUUUUACAUUUUUAGAAAUAUUCGCGAGCACAGUACUUGUGGAUAUUUCAAAUAUUUGUGUGGCCUGAAUUGAAGAAAGUGAAAUUUACACAGAGUAGCUUUAUAUCACCAUGGCAGGGUAUAUGUUUUUAAGAUGUUUUUCAUUCAAAAGAGCGAUGAAGAAUUUUAAUUGGCGUUAUUUUGCACAGUGAUUAAAGAAUAAAUAAAAUUAUUGUGAUAUAUUAAGUUUUUUCCACUAUGAUGAAUAAAUGAUAAUAUUAUUGUUAAAUAAAUUACGAUAUGAAAACUUUUACAAAAAAUCAAAAAUACGUACCUUUGAUAUGUCGUACUAGUAUAUGAGUCGGUAGAUAGGAAUCGAUAUUAUCUUGCUGGGAUAAAUUUAUUUAAGAUGUAGUAUGUAAGACUAUUAUUACUACUCUCAAACUUAAGUAAUAGUAAUAAUAAUAAUAAUUUUUAAACAAGACUUAGAAUAACGCGUAAAUCAUAAAUACUAUUAAGAAUGUUGUUUUCUUCAAUAACCCACAUUAUAUUUAUAAAUAAUAGUUGAAUCAAUGAGAGCUUCGAGGCCUCCUCAUUUGGACGAUCAUACACUGAUUUAAUUUGCGAUGAACAGAUACAAAAAAAAAAGAAAAAAAAAUUAAAGUCAACCGAACGUGUAUCAGUUUAUAUAUAU